GCAUAAGUGACGAGUCAAAAGAAAUACAAAAUUCCACUCCUUCGGAACGAGCCAAUGAAAUCGAAAGGGAACAGAUCAGUCCGUCAAAAAAUAAAGGAGUUGGUAGUUCCUUAAAAUGCCAACCUUACUUUAAACUUGCGACUGACAAGGUUACCAUUAAUAUAAAAUCAAAUAACGCAAGAGAAAUUAAUUCAUCAAUAUUCUGUCUGACAUGGAAGUAG